AUGUUGAAUCAAGUCGGGGAGACGACAGAAGUUUCGGAACCAACUAACCCCGCCAAUGAGGAUAUUAGUCAUGACAGCGUUGCGCCCGGCGAGGGCAGAGGUGGUCGUGAGCCCUCACAGGCGAACCGACACCGUGCCGAAGUGAAACGAGCUAUCGCAGCCAUACCAAGCGAGUAUCGUGAAUUGAUCUUCGAUAUGUAUGAGGCAGCCUCGCAGGCAGAUCGGAGUCGUGAGCAAACAUUAUUCGAGUCGGUUCAGGAUCGCAAAUCUGCGCAGCAAGUUCGUGCAUUCGUCGAUGGAAUGUUAGCGAAUGCAGGAUUGUCUGCGCUGAAUCAUCAAAUUGUCGGCCACCCAAGUGAAAUUCUAACCGAAAUUGAGGCGGAAAUUGGCUUGCCACGAGCUCGCCCCAGGGUUAUGGAUAUACGUUACUUGUGUAGCAUUGUCCCAGUGAGAGUUCCAGCAAAACCAUGGACAACCGUCACCGAUGAUGACGACCUCGUUUCGCACUUGAUAUCGCUUUACCUCACCUGGGGCUACCCAUUCUACGCCUUCUUCUGUCGUGAAACGUUCGUCAAGCAUAUGAAGCUAGGGCAUCCGAACUCGGACUUUUGUAGUCCUCUCUUAGUGAACGCCCUCCUUGCCAAUGCAUGCUUCUACUCAGACUACUCGGAGGCUUAUAGCUUACCUGGAGAUGUGAAAAGGAAGGGCGCCCAUUUUCUAGCCGAAGCAGAAUGGCAUUUGAGAUCGCAUCAAAUUGAGGGCAGAAGCGAUACCCGGCUAGCUUCCUUACAGGCAACUCUUCUUUUAUAUGAACGAUACUCCAUGUCAGGGAAUGACAAUUUUGGAUACACAAUGCUUCAUAGAGCGAUAGAGAUGGCUGAAUCACUUGGCAUAGUGAACAAUGCUAAGGAGAUAAAUCUUGAAGCGUCCCACUUCUCCAAAGACAUGAGACGUUCUAUCAAGCGAACAGCGUGGGGGUUGUUUCAGAUUGAUACGAUUGUUCACAUGAAUUUUCUCAGACAAAGCCUCAUCAAGAGCGUGAACGUCGAUCGCAUCUCCCGUAAUGAAACGCCAGCGGACGAACAAUGGACGCCGUAUCCGAAUGACAGUGUGGCUCGUCCAUCUCAUAUGAGCGUUUACUUUGAUGAGGCAUGCAAGCUGUCCUUUAUAGCGAGGGACGCCUCUUGGACCAUUUCGCGCACCGAUCGAGAUGGAAAUCGCAAGGAAGAGCUUUACGGUCGGCUGCGCGAGUGGGAGAAAGCGCUACCUCAGAUCUUCGAGCUGAGUCAGAAGCCUGCGCCGUAUGUCUUGAUCCUCAGAAUGCGCUACCACACCAUGGUCAUCAAUCUAUGUUGCCACGAUCUCCAAAACGAUAUGACAUUAACACGAACAAAGGAGCAUACUUCUGGCUUAACUAGCUCAGCUCGCGAGUUCGGUGCCAUGAAGGCUGCUCUAUUGUCUGCCCGAGCAAUUGCCUCUCUCAUCCGGUAUUUCGAAACAGAGUAUGGACUGGAACAUAGCCAUCAGUUUGCGAUGUACGCGAUUAAUGUCUCGCUGUUCUGUCUGCUUGCACAGGAGGACUUUGAUAUCCUUGAUCGUGAUUUUUUGAGCCUCACAAAAGCUUUUUCCAUGAUUGCAUGCCGCUCACAAGUGGGCAGGCACCUUUUUCGGGCGUUCAAAAUAUCCAUUCGCUCCCGAAGCCACAUCGGGACAAAGCAGAGCCCAGGUAAGGUUCCUCCUGCGAUCAAAGAGCUUUUUGGGCCACGCGAAGACUUCAAUGAGUUAGACAAGUGGGAUUAUUAUGCCGAAUCCUUGGCAGAGGUGGACGGUGAGGGAAGCUUCCUCAAGAAUAUCGUGAUGGACCCUACAGUCCCUGGCCUACACGACAUGCUUAAAUGGUACGAAAGUCUGAGCAUCGGCAAAGAAGUACAAUGGAGAAGGAGCCAACAGCCAGCUUUUUGA